UGGCUGCCCCACUCUGUUUUAUGGCGAAGUCGGCGCAAUGCAAAAGUGACGUGUAUAAAUAUAAAAUAAAUGUAAAAUAAGUCAAUCAAUCGGUAGUUACUCUUGUAUUUUCCCAUCUCGAGACACUUCAUUACCCAGCGUUACCUGGGAGUUUUGACGUCAUUUAGAUGAAAAAAUGGCGGCGGGCAGCAGCUCAAACGUGAACGAAAAUAUUCCAGUUUUUGAGUAUAAAGACAUAAACACCAAACCAUUCCACGUUGGCUCAUUCAGGACCGCAUGGCUUGAGAAAUUAAAACCAAUUGACUAUUCAUACGAGGAUAAAUACGAAGAGACUGAAGAUGCCGACUUUGCAAAGGAAAUGGGAAUCGCACCAGAAACGUUGGAUGAACUGAAAGCUAUCUGCAGCGUUGACAAUCUUCGGUGUCAAGCUGAAGACGAGCCUCUUGACACCAACGUUGUGCCACCUGACCCCACUCUUCAAACACUAAUACAGAGGAAGAAGAAGCAGGACUACAAAGGCACCCUGAGGAUCGAUAAGAUAAGCAGAGUUGACCACUACCAAGACGAACUGGAGAGCCUAGCGGUGGGGAAAAGGCCUGAGGACCCUGUUGACUUGGUGCCAGAAGGGGAGAUCAUUUUGAGCAUCAACGUUCUCUACCCAGCCAUAUUUGAAAGAUUUAAGUAUGUGAGGCCCCACAUGACCCUUCAGAUGCUGGGCUCCCAUAGUCUGGUGGACCAGGACGCUAUCUGCUGUAUCAGCGACCUGCAGGUCUUUGGAGAGUUCAGCAACACGCCCGACAUGGCACCGGACUUCAUCAGCAAGGAUCACUUCAUUGCCUUCUUCUACUUUGAAGGGGUCUUCUACAAUGACAUGCGUCACCCUGAGUGUCAGGACAUGAUUUGAGUAAUUGCGUUGUACUAUAUUUCCAGGACCACCAUUGAUUGGGCAAAGACCAGAGACUUCCCCACAUUCCACAAGGCCAAGAUGGAGGACACCAGAUUCUACGACCUGAAGGUGAAGGUGGGCUACCCCUACCUCUUCUGUCACCAGGGAGACUGCGAGCACGUUGUCAUCAUCACCGAUAUCAGACUGGCUCAUAAGGAUGACUGCCUGGAUAGGAAGUUGUACCCUCUCCUUACCCACAAGCACAGGGUCAUGACCAGGAAGUGCGCCGUGUGUCACGUCUACAUCGGCAGAUGGUUAACCACAAAUGAUCCAUUUGCCCCAAAUGACCCGUGUCUCUUCUGUGAGCGAUGCUUCCGCAUGCUUCACUACGACAAGAAAGGAAACAAACUAGGACAGUUCCUGGCCUACCCUUAUGUGGACCCUGGGGCCUUCAACUGAGACGUCCCGUUUCUCCCUCCUACUGCUGUGCAGUAUUAGUAAUGGUACAUAUUUCUGUUGGCAUUAAAGCACUUUAUUUACA